UCACACGUUCAUCUGUUGUACUGGGACUUGCUGCACAACUCCAUCAUGUCUCUCAGACUCCUACCUGCUUUCAUUACGGAUAAUGAUGAAGAUGACGAUGGUAACUUCACAAAAUGGAUGAGCAGUUACUGGGGUCACGGAGCAGAAGCUGGACACUCCAGAGACAGAAAACGCAGUUUCAGAAGACCUUCAAAAACACAAGUUGAUCGAAGAGCAUCACUCCCGACUGUGUCACAAUUAGAUGCCAUGAAGUUGAACAGGCUCCAUGCAGCGACAAUGGCUGCCGCCGGGAGCCACAUCAAAAAUAGAGAGGAUAAGGGGGAGGUCAGGCCCCACCAGAGAGCUCGACGCGCCUCUUCAGACGACAACAGCCGCCCCAAGUCAGCUAUCCCAGAGAACCGCAUCUCCACUAUCCCAGAGCUCACAGAGUCAUUCGGGAGGAGACUUUGUCUCCGUGACAAGAAGACCACGAAUGAUGAUGACAGGCUGUGCCUGAUCUGUCAUGAGGACAUGCAGAAGAGUGGAGGGGGAGUUCAAGAGCUUCACUGUACACACCGCUUCCACAAAGAGUGCAUGGACCGGUGGCUGUGGAAGAAACAGACAUGUCCCCCAUGCCGUGUCCAGGUCUUCAUGCUCCUCUACUGGUCUUCGUCCCGCACCAAAAUCCCAUAAUGGUCCUGUACCUACACCUGCCGUGCCUGCAUGCCCCCUCCCCAGACCUCCACCACACCUCAGUCCUUCUGUAUGAACACCCGCUGCUCCUUGGACAACAUGUGAGAAUGUACUCGAACCAGUACACAAGGAGGUGACUUUUCUUCUGCCAUGGGAGGGCCCCGUGAGAGUUAAUUGCCCCUUAUUCAGAGAGAGAAAC